UACGAAAACAUUUCUUCUCUUUUAUUACCCAAAAGCAACAGAAAAAAAAGAACCAACAAACAAUUUCAAAAUUUUUGAAAGCAAUGGACCAAGAACAAACACCACAUAGCGCAACCGGCCAUAGCCACUCACCUUCUUCCUCCGCUUCCGGUACCACCUCAACCGAACAAGUUCGGUCACGAUGGUCACCUAAACCGGAACAAAUACUCAUACUUGAGUCGAUCUUCAACAGUGGUAUGGUUAACCCUCCAAAAGAAGAGACGGUAAGGAUACGGAAGAUGCUGGAGAAAUUCGGCAAGGUGGGAGAUGCAAAUGUCUUCUACUGGUUUCAAAACCGGCGGUCAAGAUCUCGCCGAAGGCAGCGGCAACUCCAGGCUGCAGCAGCAGCAGCGACCACAACCACCAAUACUUGUGACCAGACCAUGAUGGUGAGCAACAACUUGCCACAGCAUAGUGGAAGUGAUUUGGGGUUUGGAGGUUGUAGCACUUCUAAUUACUUAUUUGCUAGCUCUUCUUCUUAUGGCGUUGGAUGUGAUAAUCAUAGCAAUAAUGGCAUGGAGAAUCUCUUAACAAUGUCUGGUGAAAUGGGUUACCAUGAAGCUAAUCAGCAUCAUUAUAACUAUCAUAGCUCAAAUGUCGAAUCAAUUUUGUGCCCAUCUGAACAAAGCUCCAAUUAUCACUACCAACAAGGGUCUAUAACGGUGUUUAUAAACGGAGUUCCAACAGAAGUGACCAGCGGAGGUAUUGAUAUGAAAGCAACGUUUGGAGAAGAUUUGGUUUUGGUGAAUUCCUCAGGUGUUCCUCUUCCUACUGAUCAGUUUGGGUUUUUGAUGCUUAGCUUACAACAUGGUGAAGCUUAUUUCCUGGUUCCAAGACCGACAUGAACUGGCUUUACUCUUGUGUUAUGUGGUGAUUCAACAGAUGCCUUGUUAUUCUACCUUAGUCUAUAUGGCUGCGGUCCAUCCAUUUUUUUCCUUUUCUUUAUGAAUCUAUCGUGUAAUAAAAGUUUCUUCUGUUGUCUCUUUGUUUUGUAAUCUAAUUAAAUAAAUAAACGAAG